UUUCUUUCUGCCUUUUCUCUCUCUUUAUAUAAAAUGGUUAAAGUUACUGUAUGUGGUGCCGCUGGCGGUAUCGGUCAGCCGCUCUCUUUGCUUUUGAAGGAGUCCCCUAGAAUCACUCACUUGUCGCUCUAUGAUAUUGUCAAUACCCCGGGUGUUGCCGCCGAUUUGAGCCACAUUAACACCAAGUCUAAGGUUACUGGCCAUGUUGGCAAUGAACAGCUCAAGGAAGCUAUUGAGGGCUCGGACGUUGUCGUGAUUCCAGCUGGCGUACCGCGCAAGCCUGGUAUGACUCGUGACGACUUGUUCAAGAUUAAUGCUGGUAUUGUCCGUGACCUUGCCACGGCUGCUGCCAAAUAUGCCCCAAAGGCUUUCAUGUGCAUUAUUUCCAACCCUGUCAACUCGACAGUCCCCAUUGUUGCCGAGGUUUUCAAAAAGCACGGUGUCUAUGAUCCCCGCAGAAUUUUCGGUGUCACCACACUUGACAUUGUCCGCGCUUCGACAUUUGUUGGCGAAUUGAUCGGCAAGGACCCCAAGGAUGUCCGCUGCAAAAUCGUUGGUGGCCACAGUGGCCUUACCAUUUUGCCCUUGUUGUCCCAGGUCCCUGGCAGCGACACGUUGUCCCAAGAACAGAUUGAAAAGGUCACCAACCGCAUCCAGUUUGGUGGCGAUGAGGUCGUCAAGGCCAAGAACGGAGCUGGCAGUGCUACCUUGUCCAUGGCUUAUGCUGGUGCUCGGUUCGCUCUGAGCAUUAUUGAGGCCGCUUUCUUUGGCAAGUCGAUUGUCGAAUGCACGUAUGUUCAGUUGGAUGCUGAUAAGCAGGGUGCUCAGGAUACCAAGCGUGUCAUUGGUAAUGGUAUUGAUUAUUUCUCGGUGCCUGUCGAAUUGGGCCCUAACGGUGUCGAGUCUAUCUUGCCCAUCGGUUCCUUGUCUGCCUAUGAGCAGUCGUUGUUCACCAAGGCAACUGCUGAAUUGAAGGGCAACAUUGCCAAGGGAACCAACUUUGUUGCCGACUCCAAGUUGUAGAGAAAAGCACGUAUACACAACAAGAGAACCAUUUUUUUCUUUAUAAGUAUUGGUAUUAAGUAAAAAACAAUAAAAGAAGUUAAAAACAGG